AUGAUUAGUGGUUUAUUUCAAAGUAAAAAAUUGAUUAUUUCUAUAAUCAUUUUAAUUCUCAGGAUUAGCCUAUUUUCGUGUGAAGGACAACUAUUUUUUAAUAAUAAUUUUUAUUUUUUAAAUUUUUCAAAAAAUAAUCACGUUAAAAUAAGUGAGUUAAAUAUAGACACGAGAUAUGUAUACCAAGGGUUGAGAAAUAUAAAUAUAGACUUAGCUUUGUCAGCAUUAAAUGGAGUAACAAAAGAAAAUAUAAAUGAUUAUUCACAAUGGAAUGAGUAUAAAAAUAUAAAUAAUGAUAAAACAAAUAUUUCAAAUGUAGUAGUAAAAGAGUGGAAACAAUUGAAUAAAAAAUCAUUUUUUUUAAAAAAUAAUAAUAUUUCAAAUAAUGGCGAUUUAAUUAAAGGUAUGCCUAAGCCAUAUUAUAUAAAUAGUCUAACCGAGGAUAUAAAUAAUAUAAAUCUAUAUUUUAAUAUUAACAAUGAUGCUAAAUAUGGGGAAAUAAUUUACAAAGGAACAUAUAUACCACAAAUAUACAGUAAUAUAUUUUUACUUUUUUUAAUAUCUUAUAUGUACUUAUUUUGUAUUAAAAUAUUAUUUAAUGGCUAUAUUAAAGGAAAAUAUGUAGCUAAAGAAUAUAUACUUAAAAUUUCUACAUUGUUCAUUUUUUUUGUCAUAUUAAAAAUAUCAUUAACAUUUUUACCAGCAAUUUUAAGUUGUAUUGUUUGUCUAAUAUUCACAUUUUAUUUUUAUUCUAUAUCAAUGAGCCCUUGUAAAGACAUUUUAUAUUUUUUUGAGAACACCAAAAUUAAAAAGGAGCCUAUUGGUUGGAUAAUUAUUGUUUAUGCAGAAUCGAUAUUAAUUGGAAAUAUGAUAUAUAAUUUGUUAUGUACCCCCAAAACUAUAAUAAUAUUUAUAAGAUAUAUACAAAAUGACUUUUUAGUAAAAAUAAUAUGCUUAACUAUUUUAUUAUUUAUAUCAUUUAUUAUUUUUUUUUUAAUGAUAAGUAAUAUAUUUCCAGCAAAAAAAGCUCAGAAUUUUGUCUUUUCCUUUACCUCAUCAUAUUUAAUUGUAUCAUGUUUUACUUACUUUUGGAACAUUCUUCUAUUAAGGAUUUUAAACAAUACCAAUAUAUUUCAAAUAGAGCCAAUCAUGUUUUUUUCGUACGCCCCAAAAUUUGUAUUUAACAAGCAAAAUAUGUUUGCCCUUUUUGGGAUUUUUGCAAUGACCAUAUUAUCUAUCAUUUUACCCAGACUUAAACAAAUUCAAAAAAAUAUAUUCGGCAUGAAGGACAAUAUGUAUGAUAGUGACAUUGAUGUAGGAAAAACAUCCAAGAAUAGAUAUAAUAUAAUCUUAAAUUAUUUCACAUAG